ACUCGAACAUUAACCAGUGAAAAACGGAAACGAUCUAUAAUUUACAAUAUAUAUAAAUAUAAAUAUAUAUAUUUUUUUUGUUUUUUAUUUUACGUUAUUAAUCUGCCGUAGUGCGAGUGUCUACUAAGAACUUAAAGCCUAAAAUGCAACAUCUCCUGGUCGUGGCCCUUGUGGCGGUGGCCAUCGCAUCUUUGCCCCACCAAGCCGCAGGUAAAAAGCUCGAGAAACGCUGUGUGAACUGCACAUAUCGUACAUAUUACACAUACGGCGAUGGGCGAUCCCUGCAGCGGGUUGUCUAUAGAGAUCCGGUCUACACACGUGCUCAAUCGUAUAGCAGCGGCUGCAGUGGUAGUCCGUGCGGCGUGAAUGCCGUUUGCCAAGAGGCCUCCGGUGGCCGCCCUGUUUGCUCCUGCCCACCUGGAUUCAGUGGUAAUCCGCUCACCCAUUGCAAUCGCGGCGAGUGCCUGGACAAUGUCGACUGUCGCGGUGACCUGCAGUGCAAGGACAAUCGUUGCGUUAAUCCCUGCGUGGGUGCCUGUGGCAUUGGCUCGAAUUGUGACGCUCGCAACCACGUGGCCGUAUGCAGCUGCCCGGCGGGCUACAAUGGUGACCCCUAUCAUGCCUGCCACCUCAACGAUCCCGAGGAACAAUGCCAUCCGAGUCCUUGCGGCGUAAACACCAAAUGCGAGAUCAUUAACGGUGUGCCUACAUGCUCCUGUGUCCAUGGUUACGUGGGUAAUCCCUUGAGCGGCUGUCGCCAUGAGUGCGACCACGAUGGCGACUGUAAUAGCAGGGACAUGUGCUCCAGCAACUUUAAGUGCGUGCCAGCUUGUGGCCAAUGCGGUACGGGCGCCACUUGUCGUACGGUUAGCAAUCAUCGGGCGGUCUGCGAGUGUCCCAAGGGCUAUAUUGGUAGCCCUUAUACGGAAUGCCGGCCAGAAUGCUAUGGUGAUGUGGAUUGUCCAUCCGGAAGGCCAGCGUGCUUCUAUGGCAUUUGCAAGAACACCUGCGAGGGUGCCUGCGGCAUUGGUGCCGAUUGUAAUCUACGCGGCUUGACACCCGUUUGCAGCUGUCCACGUGACAUGACCGGUGAUCCAUUCGUCCGCUGCCGUCCCUUUACCAAGGAGGAUCUCUGCGAUCCCAAUCCGUGCGGUACCAAUGCCAUCUGCGUACCCGGACACGACAAUACCGGCCGGGAACGACCCGUCUGCAACUGCCUGCCCGGUCACACCGGCAAUCCAUUGAGCCACUGCAGCCGAGGUGAGUGCCUGAGUAAUAAUGAGUGUCCCGACCACCGAGCCUGCAUCAACUACCAGUGCAUCGAUCCCUGCAUCGGCAAGUGUGCCACCGGAGCCAGUUGCGAGCCAAAGGCUCACCUGGCAGUCUGCCGCUGUCCACAAGGACAAUCGGGCGAUGCCCUUGUGUCCUGCCGCCAGACGCGCACUUUCCCGGUGGCCAAGUACCACUGAGCAGACGAAGGAGAGGAGGGUUCCAAUCGUCCCUGCAGCCGCACUGCCUGCCAGCCCACUCCAGACCAGUUCAGUCCACCUUACGUCCCUCCACAUUCUGCAGCAAUCUACAAUCUGCCUGCCUUUUUCCCAUUACUAGUCGUUGCAUUAACCUCGUGCUCUCACCCUCACUCUCACUAUCACUCUAAUUGAACGAACAAUAAUGUGUUGACAAUAAUAAAUAAUAUACUUAAAGAAUAAUAAA